UUCCAUCACCCACGGACCCAAAGAGUGCCCCUCCAAGCUGUACAAAGCUGAAUUUGUGGUCUCUGGCCUCUCAUUUCAACAUGAAACUCGCCGCUGUUGACGUCACCGAGCCAUCUUUGUCCGCCUAAUCCAGGCGGCUGUUUAUUACACCUUCAUUACAGCACAGACUCGGACAGAGCCAGGCUCCAGUGACAGCCCGCGGGUGCUGCAUCACCAGAAUAUAAAAAAAACAUCUAAAUAAUAAAAACAAGAGUCGACAGGAGAAAAGCUUUGGCAGCGAGGAGACGCAGCUCAGUGGCAGACAGAAAGCAGUGCUCCUCCUAGGAUAUAUAGGCAGGGAAACGCCACAAUAACCAACCAAAGGCUGCCAGAGGGUAACGAGGAGCGCACGAGGCAAUCCACAUCCAUCUGCCAGCCACUUAGCGCGCGCUAACAUCUUCAGUCCGGAUUUCAGCGCAGCUGUCCAGCCUAAACCUCCAGGAAAAUGUCUGCCCCAGCCGGAGCCCCCGCACCAGAGGGAGGGAAUCAGCCCCCCAACCUCACCAGCAACCGCCGUCUGCAGCAGACGCAGGCGCAGGUGGACGAGGUGGUGGAUAUUAUGCGUGUAAACGUGGAUAAAGUUCUGGAGCGUGAUCAGAAGCUGUCAGAACUGGACGACAGGGCUGACGCCCUGCAGGCUGGAGCCUCUCAGUUUGAGACCAGUGCUGCAAAACUGAAGAAUAAAUACUGGUGGAAGAAUGCCAAGAUGAUGAUUAUCCUGGGUGUGAUAUGUGUGAUUGUCCUCAUUGUCAUUAUUGUGUACUUCAGUACCUAAGAAGAGUCGCUCCUACCCCAGUCUGUUCCCAGCUUCCUUGCUACAGAAAAAGAAACCCUCUAAUUGAUGACUAAAUUAACCACAGAUAAUUAAUUUACUAUAUGUACGUAUAUCUCCCCGGCUAGCCUCGAUAUAACACCCCUAAACCCUUCAGGGCCCCACGGCUCCCCCACUUCCACCACCUCGCCUCUGGACCCCCGUCAAUAUUUGUCCUGUGAGUGUGUGGCCCCGUCUCCUUUCUGGGUACUCUUGGCUUUUCUAACCUGCCGUACUGAGAACCAAACACUUGUGAUGAUGCAACAACAGAGAAGGAAACAACAAUUGGCGAUAAUUGUUACAUAACUUAUAUAUAUAUAGUUCUUUGUAGAGUUUUAUUCUGAUAUAUACUGUUUUGUAGGUGUGUGUGCGUGUGUGUGUGCAUUUUGUACUUUUUAUUUUUUGUAUUAAUUUUACGUAUGCAUCAGCGUUAACUACUGCCUAUUAAUCGAAGUGUGUAUCUUGCAUGUUCACAUCAUCUGUCAGUCCCCUGCUUGUUCUGCAUCUUUUUGGUGUAGUUUUGCACAGUGGAGUUUGUCUCCAUGUACCUAUUGGGAUACAGGUUCAUUUUAAUCUCUCCGCAUUACUCACAUCCACCAGGACAGUCCGAGACAAAUCCAGACAAUUAGUCGAAUCAAAUUCCCCAGAUUUUUCCUAAUUCAUCUCCAAAGUAGUAAAAAGUUCACUCUGUCAAAAAGGAUGGAGUUCAAGCGACUUUUGUGGAUUUUUAAGAGAAUCACUGACACGGCUCAGACAAAGAAAAUAAUGCAUGACUUAUAAAAACUCCCAUCAAGUGAUCAUCACUCCCAUCUUAUCUUCCCUUUACCUGAGUGUAAAGUCUCUUUUCAUUCUCUCUUUAAUAACUACCAUCUGAAGUGUCUUUAAUGCCCAAUUCGUCCUCUGUCUCUCGGCAUGCUUGGACACCUCAGUUUCCUCCAAUAAUUUAAACUGCCAUAGUAAAGUUGGACCAAUGUCUGUAGAUGUUUCUUUUUGUUUCGAUAUUACGUAGUGUCUUAUUUCGAAAACAUUCCUUCAUUGCAGUCUAGUGCAAAUGCUCUUGCUGUAGCACAUGUAAGUGUAAGUACCUGUGAAACCUGUGUCAGCGACACUAACCAUAGGAGAAAAUAGUUGUAGUGAAUAGCUGUAAGGGUCAAUUUUUGGAUAGACAGGAUUAGACCUUCGAUCCAAUCUUUCUUCAUUCGUAAAAUCUGUGUGUUAGUGCAACACACAGCAUACUGUGGAGAUUCAUAGAAAGCGGAAAUAUGGGCUAAUGUCAAUGGAUAUAAUGGUUUCAUUUGAAAAGAUGAUGAUUGAUUGAUUUUCCAAAAGCAAAGAGCAUACUGGUCCAUUCCCUGUGUGGACACUGGAAAGCCUUAGUCCUCGGUCACUACUGUAAGUUUCCAGUCAAACGCACCUUCACACUUUGAGUUUGUGUCAGGGGAGUGACUGACAGCCGAAAAGGGAUCUGUUUAAAAUGCACAAACAACCUUGUUUUUGAUGGCGCUGUCUGGCUGCUCCAUAGCCUGACUAAAAGAAACGCUGGCGCAGCAAAACUUCUCUACGCGAAGAGCACAUAAAAGAAAAACACAACUAAGAAAAAAAAUCAGAAACAGGGACAAAGGCUAAGAGGAGAGUGAUUCUCAGCCGUUCAUUUACGUUUGGCCAUAUUGAGAAAUUUACAAUCUAUGUUAGCGACGAGAAAAAAAAUCGUAGCAAUUUCUAAGAAGAGUGUUUUGCUAGCUCAGUGGUUCUGUCUCAGUGUUUCUCCCUAUAGUUAAGGCCUUUUUCUUUUUUAAAUAUAAUAGAUUCUAUUUUUAUUAUAGUAUAUUUUUGUGUGAAUCUGACAGGUAAAGAGGAGGUGUGCAUCCACUGCCACUUGCUGCCAACAGUAGCGAGCUCCUCUUCACCUCUGGUGUGGUUUUUGUAAUUCAGCUCUGUGCGUUAUACACUGCCAAGCAUCAAGGGAGAAGCUUUUUUUCUCAUUUCUUUCAUUGAUGCCCUCACUGGUUUGACCUUGAACUAUUCUUAAACUUCUUUUGGCGUACACCCUUGUGUAAACUACCCCCUUUGGCUUCUUUGGGACUAUAUGAGCAGGACAAUACAAAGCAGUUACAUAUUGAAUUUCAAACAAAUGCCUUGACCAUGUUAGCCUGAGAAGGAAUUGAUGCGAAGUCAAAAGGAACAUACAACCACAGAGGGACUUUGUUUUGUUAGAGUUCCUCUUGUGGUUGUGGUAAAUCCCAGCACUGAAAUAGUUGAACUUGACUGUUAAAUUUGUUAAAUUUGGGAUCUUUAAGCAUGCAGGCAUGAAUUUAGAGCAGAACUCUGCUCAGCUCAUGCUUGAGUGCCAUCGAUUACUAUUUUAAAAUGAAUAAGAAUGAGUUUUAAAACUGAGAGCAGAAGCUGCAAUUAUUCAUUAUAUAUGUAAAUCCUUUGUAACUCUGUCUCUAAGAAGACCAACCUUCCCCUCAUUACUCAACUCUCUAAUUCAGAUUCCUACCGUGUGUUAGCGUGUAUGCAAGCAGUUGCUUCGGUGUGUAUGUGCCUGUGUGUGUGUGAGUUAGAAUAGCUCUGUCUCGGGAAUAUCCCCAGUUUAUCCUGACAGAUUAGGCCACUUAAAUCCCAGAGUGAGGGCAUGUUGUUUCCUUGGGCCAGUGAAGUGCACAAGCAGAAAGGUUGCAGAUCUGUCAACCAGUCCCAUUAGAAAAAGCCCCCCGCCACUUUUCCUUUCUCCCAAGUGUUUUUCUCUGGAGUAAAACAAACUGCAGACGAUUACCAAAGAUCAGAUAUCCGUGCUUACGCUGCCAAUUGCCAUCAAAAACAAGAGCGAAAUAGAACAUCAGGCCUAUCCGAGCCCAUUUGGAAUAGCUUAAACCCUUACUCCGUCUUUAGACUUUUUAGCUAUCACACAAUAUGUAUAUAUGGUGUGUCAGUUUGGCCCAUGAGUGUGCUAUCCUAAAAUAUGCAAGUUAAACCAAAACGUGAGGGCCGCGGGCUUCAAAUCUCAAACAAUAUCUCCCCUAUCAUUAGUAUCCGGGUCUGAGGAGCCUCUUUAAUCUGUACCAAGUUUGUAGACAUAUGAUCCUGUAACUGAUUAUAGCACAAGUCUUCUUUUUUUUUUUCUUCAUUGUGCUGAAAAGAUGUGAACUAAGUAUAGCUAUCAGACAAAACCAAGAAAAAUGUUCUUAAAAAAAUCUGCAUUGUUUGGUGUUGUAAUAUGGGGGUGUUUUGGGGGCUAGGGGGUCCUAUAUCCUCAGGUUUAAGGUAUUUACCAUUUACCAAAAUAUAUAUAGAAAUAUGUAAGAGGAUUAAAACUAUACUAGCAAGCUGUAAAAUUGGAUUCUUUUGGCAAUAUGAAAUUACCCUAAGGUUACAAAUGUAGUCCACACACAGGACUGAAGUGAAUUAACACUACUGAUUGGGGUAGGGCUUCUGUGUUAUCCAUAAAUCCAACUGUUGUCCAGUGAGUGCUCAACCAGUUUGGUCACAAUAGUGAAAAUGAAGUGAGUGCUCUUUUUUUUUCUCUGUUGCUUUGUUGUCUGUAUGAAAAAGAAGUAAGUGUGCAUUUAUUUCAACACGGUGGCACUUUUUCUGUUGUGAUUCUUUCAUUUUGGUGGGAUGAUUGACUGGAGAAUCUUAUCUUUGGUCAGCCUAAAAGAACUGUUCAGUGAUCUCAGUGCUGCAUUCAGGUCAUUUUGGGGGAAAGAUAAGUCAACAACUAGACCCAGUGUGCAGACCGUCUUCCAGGUUUGAGUUCAUCCUAAUUUGCUAAAAAUCCGAAUUUGAGCCCAAACUAGCUGAGAGAAAGAGAUGAAGGAGGAUCUGAUCCUUUUUUUUUAACAAACUGACGCGAAAUGUACAGAGUGCUCUCCUUCUUUUACUUUUACCCUCAAAAUGGAUGAAUGCAGCAACAGGAGGGAACCUUUUGAGUCUCUGGAUGUUCUCUGGGUGGCUUUAGAUAUUCAAUAUUCAACUUAACACCUUAACAUGUUUCAUUUUUUAACCAAAUCUUGUGUUUUUAUUUUAAACCUGUUUAGUAACAACUGCAGAUGUCACUGAAAUGUUUGCAUCAGCACUGAUGGGUGAAGGUAAAGAAAAUGGGAAGUUAAUGGGAAAAAAGUAUUUUUACCAACAAUUGUCCAGAAUGCUUAGAACGAUUCUACAGUUUACAUCAGAUAACUGUUUCUAUUGACGAGAUAUAUUUUUUGUUUGAAUCAGGUUAUUUUUAAAGUAUCGAUUUCAUCUUUUUUUGGGAGCGGGUUUCUGGCAUUGCCUCUGUUUGUCUGGUCUUACAGGAGGGACAAGACUGGAGGAUCAUGGGCAACGUUAUAAUAAGUGAUUUGGUUUAUUUUCACUUUUCUUUUUGCUUUUGUUUAUUGAUAGAUUUAUUGUGCUGUCCUUUGGUAUGGGAUUAGAAACUUAACAAGUUGAUUCAACGUAAAGGAGAGGAGACUGAUUGAGAAAGUACAUGAAAUAAUUGUAGUGUAAAUCUAUCAAUGUGUUAUUAUAUUGAUGAACAUCAUGAAAUAUAUGUAUAUUGGAAAAACAGUAUCUGUGACAACUUGUACUUUUGUGUGUGCUUCAUGUGCUGUGUGGGUGUGCAGAAAAGAGAAGAUGUAAUUUUGACUGCAAUUCCUGGGACCUUACCUAACCUGUGUGAAUAAGCAUCGGUUUAUUAUCAAUACAGAGAUCAAUCUUUUUCCUUAUCUGAUCCUUAUUACAUGUAAGUGUGCCAAAAAAUACAUGGAGACCUGGAGCCAUAAAUUGCAUGUUUCUGCACUCGUCCAGAGUCUUCUUUAGCGUGCGACUUCCACACACCCAAACCACACUGCAACUCU